ACGUCCUCCAAGCUUUGAUGCAGUAAGCUUCGUGAGUUAAUGUACUAGGGAUAAAAAUACUACACCAUGUAAUCUGGCAUUUAUCCCUCGAGAGCAGAAGCCAAAAUGUGACACACGUCAAGAGGAAGGAGGCAGGGAGGGGGAGAAGAAGAAGAACAAGUGGAUGAGAAGAGGAAGAGUGAUGCAGUGCCGAUUGCCAGAACGCCAGCUUCACAUCACUUUGGAGAUGGGAGCAGUGGAUGAUGGUCGGCACUUCCCUUUCUCCAGCUUUUCGUCCCCUAAGCAAACCAAGCAGUUUGGGGAGUUUUACCAUGUCGGAUGGCGCAGUUUACUGGAGAGCAAAAGCACACCUGAAGGAGCUGCAAGAGAUUGAACCUACAGUGAGAAAAUCCAGACAAGGGGAUAAUGUGACCUCGAAGGCUAUGGACAGGAUUUUGGGAGUCUGUCCUGACACCCCUCCGGAUCUUGUAGGUUCUCUGCAUGUGGAGUUUGCUCGUAGAUGGUCGCUGGAUAAGGUCACAGAGGAGGUCAGCGCUCCUUCCCUUGGGAUGGGGGGACGAUACAAGCCUCCCAAUUGUAUCGCCACGCACAAGGUGGCGAUAAUCAUCCCUUUCCGCAACCGACACGAGCACCUGAAACAGUGGCUUUAUUACCUGCAUCCCAUUCUGAUGCGGCAGCAAUUGGACUACGGCGUGUAUGUCAUCAACGAAGCCGGAGAGGGAGCGUUUAACCGGGCCAAGCUGCUGAAUGCAGGCUUUGUGGAGGCCCUAAAGGAUUACGACUAUAAUUGUUUUGUCUUCUCCGACGUUGACCUGGUGCCUCUGGAUGACCGCAACCUGUACAGAUGCUUUGACAAUCCCAGGCACUUAGCUGUGGCUAUGGAUAAAUUCCAUUACAGUUUACCCUACAACACCUACUUUGGAGGUGUCUGCUCAUUGUCCAAGGAGCAAUACUUGAGGAUCAAUGGCUUCCCAAACACUUUCUGGGGCUGGGGCGGCGAGGAUGACGAUAUGUAUAACCGAAUCAUCUUCCGAGGGAUGUCCAUUUCUCGGCCAAACGUGCUGAUUGGGAAGUAUAAGAUGAUUAAACAUGAUAGGGACCUGCACAAUGAGGUCAAUCCAGUGAAUCCUGCCAAAGUGGGACAGACCCAAAAGACAAUGCAUCAAGAUGGUUUAAGCUCGCUUAGUUACCAAGUCAGUGGCAUUGAGAGGUAUGCAUCCUAUACUUUUAUCACCGUUGACAUUGACGCUCCAUGAGCUAAAUGGGGAUGAAACGUCGAGAUCCAUUUGUGUAGUUGUGUGUGUGUGUGUGUGAGUGUUCAUAUUCUUGAAAUUACUUGGAAUACAGUCCAUCAGAAGUAUAAUAUAACAUAAUCGUGUAAAUGCCCUCAAUGUUUUGAAUAUAGCAUUUCUAACUAUUGCGCCACAAAUGAUAAGUUAGAUGUAGGCAGAGUGUCCGAAAACCUAUGAAAAUGAUUGAAUUGUUUGUUUCUGGUUUUGUUUAUCUCCCCACGUGAAAAGUAUACUCUUGACUGGUGAGUUUUAGAAUAAUAGAGGCUGAAAUAAAUACCUGACUAUCUCGUCACAUUUCAAAAGGUGCCAACACAAGCAUGACUGUACAUGUCCCUUCUGGCCAGGCCAACCCUCCUUAUGUUUUGUUGCUCCCCUAAAAGAGGAGCGAGACAAGCUGUUGUACAGGAGGGAUGGUCUCAUGUUGAUUCAGAUUGUUGAUAUCGAUAUUAUUGAUAUUGAUAUUAAGGUUGUACAGCAACAGAAAAUGCUAAUUUAUUGGUAACAGGCGAUACAAGUAAUUUGACCUCCUCACUUAUUAUUUUUAUGUCACUUUUUGUUUGUUUUUUUGAAAGCACCAUAUGAACCAUUUAAAUGUACGAGUGAGCCAUCACAGGCAGUGAGGAUUGGGCUUCAAAGUCACAAUUAAUUAUUGACAAGUGGGUGCGUUACAAAACGACACCCGAGAGCCUCUCCAAUAACAACUGUCACACAGUGUGACAGCUUGCAGCCCUCUUCCUGCCCAGGCCUCUCUUUUCAUUGGUUGACCUAGUGCAGUCACCAUGGGAACCAAUUUGCAGGGACUGCCAUCCAAGACGUGGUCUACAGUUUUUGAAUGGUACACACACAGACAGACACACAUAGUAGUAGCUUAGGGGAAGGAGACCCCAACACAUACUGAGAGAUAUUUUUGGAAAUAUCAGCAUAGCAUAUAUAUAUAUAUAUAUAUAUAUAUAUAUAUUUACUGCUACAUCUAGUGUACUGAAUCAUAUUGGAAAUUCUUCAUAAUGAUGAUAUCCCGGUAUCAAGUAGCAACUCGGAGAUUUCGUACAUUCUUAUUAAAGGCUUUCAAAAAAAUCUCCAUAGCCGGAACGGGAUUAAUAGUUUGACAGCGUCAGUCAGGAAUUACUCUACAAUUUGUUGUCAAAUGUAUUACAUAGUGUACACUUUGAUACUAUCUCAUUACAUUCACUUUGAUGAAUGUAAUGAGAAAUGGUAGUACCACUGCUUAUAAAACCCAUCUUGCAUGAAAAUUAUAAUUGUCAUCUAACAGUGCUGUUGAUUUGUACUGCAAAAGGUGUUACCAUCCUUUAACAACAAAAUGAAGUGAAAAUGUGAACUUUUAUCAAUUUACAAUUCUCUUAUUGCAUUUCCUGUGUGCAUAUUUGUUUGUUUAUCUGAUGGCAUCUCAUCUCAUCUCAUCACCACAUAUUUGCUUCCUUUGACCAUCUCAAGCUUAUACAUCAGUCCUAACAGCUUCCGGACCCAAACACAACCUACAACUCCAAUUCCAAUGAAGUUGGGACGCUGUGUUAAAAUAAGCAGGGGCGUCCAUGAAAAAGACAUUGCUUGGAUGGCAGCAUAUGUUUCUCCAAAACCUGUGUGUACCUUUCAGCAUUAAUGGUGCCUUCACAGAUGUGUAAGUUACCCAUGCCAUUGACACUAACACAGCCCCACACCAUCACAGAUGCUGGCUUUUGAACUUUGCAUCCAUAACAGUCCGGAUGGUUCUUUUCCUCUUUGGCCCGGAGGACACGACCUCCACAAUUUCCCAAAACAAUUUGAAAUGUG